UACCUCUGCCGUGCCAACAACCACUUUGCUGCUUCGGUGUCUCUCUUGGCAGUGGCACAAUUCAUUGGCCUCUGGUCGCCGUGUACACUGCAAAGUGCCAUCAGCAGUUGGUCGCCACUCUUUAUGUGUCGUGCUAUUGAACCGUUAUCAAGUGAACAUACGCCGCGAGUGCUGAAGACACUCACUCGAGAUUCCUCAGCGGCCGAUCCUCUCCCACGGAAAAAGUGUUGACGUGGUUUUUUAUCAAUCGGCCGUGUGUGUGUUUGUGUGUGCUUCUCUGAUCCCGAAAGUUCAGUGUGUUCUCAGGCGAAGGUGUUGCGUGCGAGCAAUGAUCGGUCUCUUGUGAGGAGAACGCCAUCUUAGCAGAGGCAUCCGCAGAGGAAUUUCCCUGAAUCAGGAGAUGAUGGGUGUGUAGUGGUCGCGGAAAGACGGACUUCGUGAGUGUGUGUGCCCAGGGAAGAAAUACCUGUUGAAGUGAAGACGAAGCACGACCAUCAGAGGAGAAUUGGGAGAAGAGGCGAAAAGAGACACAGAAAAAUCUCUGGUGGUGUGCUUGAUCGUGUGUGACCCACAAUGGGUGAUUCCACACCAAUAUGCCGAUGUCGUGUGCUGUAUCUGGGCAGUGCCGUGCCACGCCAGAGCAAGGAUGGGCUGCAGGGCAUCCAGGAGCCUCUGAAGAGCCUCUACCCCUCGGAGGGUGCCGUUGGCGCCAAAGGCAUCGACUCCUGGCUCAGUGUCUGGUCCAAUGGCAUACUGCUGGAGAAUGUGGACGAGAACAGGAAGCAGGUGACGCGAUUCUUCCCCAUUGAGUCCCUCCACUAUUGCGCCGCCGUGCGACAGGUGCUGAUCCCCGAGCGCAAUGCUAGUCCAGAGCCCAAGUUCCUACCGCUGGACUCACCCUUCGCACGCACACCACGUGCCCAGCAUCCGCCCAUCUUCGCCGCCAUCCUCAGGCGCACCACGGGCAUCAAGGUGCUCGAGUGUCACGUCUUCAUAUGCAAACGCGAGGCGGCCGCCAAUGCGCUGGUGCGGUGCUGCUUCCACGCCUAUGCUGACAAUUCCUAUGCCAGGCAGCUCGAGGGCAGCACCUCGGGCAGCGUCUACGGUACCCUCGGCAAGCCCAACGGCGAGGGUUGGCGCUCGAGGGCCGGCAGCACGACGACGAUCAACAGUGUGGGACGACAGCCAGUCACGAAUGGAGUGGAUUCCUUCACAGUCAAGAAUUUGUACGCGAGCAGCGCCGAUCUGGACGUGGUGGACGAUGGCGAUGGUUCUAUGUACAACGGCGAUGAGAACCACAAGGUGUGGACGGGAUCCACGGAUCAGCUGAACGGGUGUGGCCUAGAGGGCCCGUAUGACAUCUACUCGGGCGGCACAUCGACCCUGGGACGGCCGGCGCGCGCCCGCCAGAUCAGCGCCCCAGUGCCAGUGCCGCCGCCGCCCAAGGAGGAGGUGAAGAAGAAGAAGGACAAGAAGCAGCGCUCCAGCGUCGGCAGCCAAAGUCUCUCCGGCACGCUCAUCCGUCCCAAGCCCGUGCACGCGAGCUCCAUGACCCUCACCCGCCAACCGCCGCCGCACAUGCUUUACGGCCCGCUGCCGCGGCAGUUCCACACGCUCACGCGCGGCGGCUACACGAACGGCCACGUGCCCACGGGGCGGCCGCACAUGAUGCCCAUGCCGAUGCCGAUGGCCAUGCCACCGAUGCCCAUCAUGCUGCCGCCGCAGUACGCCACGCUGCAAACGCCGGGCAACAAGAGCAGCAAGAAGAAGAAGGACAAGAUGAUGAACGGGCGCACCAACGGCAUCCCUCUGGGUAUGCCAGUGCCCACGCCGCUGUUCGCCUACCCGCCCCCACCCCAAAUGGUGCCCGAGCCGCGGCCGCUGGCCAUGAGCAACCGUAAGCUGGCACAGAGCGCCGCCGCGGGUCUCGAGGACUCCGGCAACUCGGGCGCCGAGUCACCCGGCGGCACGGGCAUCUACAGGAGGAAGGGCCACUUGAAUGAGCGCGCCUUCAGCUACUCCAUCCGCCAGGAGCACCGCAGUCGGAGCCAUGGCUCCCUGGCCAGUCUGCAGUUCAAUCCGCCCGACAUGAAGAAGGAGCGCGAGAUCGCCCAGAUGGUGGCCGGCCUUGAUCUCAACGACGGCGCCAGCUCGACGCUGCAGAGGCGAGCCAACAUGUCGGCCGGCUCGUCAGGCACCUUCGGCAAACCACGGAGAUAGGCUUCCACGCGAGCGAACGAUAAGCUAUUGGGGGAGUGUUUCGCCCCAUCGAAACCUCGCUCCAUUAGCCACACAUUUAGAGGUACAGAUCUGAGUCGAAAAUGCAGAAGUGCUUAAUUUGCAAAAAAGCUACGCCUCUUCAGAUGCCCCGCCCACUCAGGCACUGUCUCUAAUCCAAAUGAAUGCUGAUAGACAGCUAAGAUAGAUUUUGAACCAAAAGUUUUGGUUCGUUUUGUUUUAUGUAAAGAACCUUUUGGUAGUAUUUAAUGUGGUUAGAUUUCUCCGCCAAUUCAGGAGCUUUUUCCUAUAGGCGGAGCUUUAGAGUGGGCGUAUUAACUGAGAAGAAUUGAGUAUACAGUAAAGGCUUUCAGUGUAACUUUAGUGUAUUGAUGAAAGUAGAGAAGUCUUUUAUCACACAGUGCGCCCACGUUUUCGGCUCGAAUCUGUGCACUCACUUGGAUUCAUUCCACGUCCAUUCCGAUGAGAUAAGAGGAAGAUAUUGACUGAAUUCCAAAAUAUUCAAAUUGAGUAUUUUACGUUAGAAGUGACAGAGAAUUGUGUAAAAAGAAAUUGUAGGAAUGUGUUUAGAUAGGUAGAGAUUUUAAACUGGGUUGAAGCAAACUGCUAACAGAUAAUAUUUUUCUUUUACAAUUAAUCCAUUAUCGUUUCUGGUCUGCUGUGCUGCAGUGUAAGUGGGUGACAUGACAAAAUCACGUCGCGAUUGAGUGUGUGUCUCCAGAAAAAGCAAGGUAAUUAUCCACUGGUGGAUUUGCAUGACAGUGGGGCGAACUUUCGAAUUAUUGCCGCUUGACCUUCCAACAUGCCAAUCGGGGCAAGAAUUCUUGGCGCAUUUUUUCGCAACUCACCAUCGACUUUCGCGUAUCGAUUUUCUUUGUGUGCCCAAGCAAAAUUAGUUUGUUGCACAAUUAACGCGCUGGAAAAUUGUCUUGCAGGGAAAUUAUAUUGCUUCUAAAUUGCCUUUUUAUGAGGGCUUUUCAGCGCGCACACUUUGGACUGAUGAUGGAUAUGGGAGGGGAAAUUACGAUAACAUACAGUAACGGCUUUGGUAGAUAAUUGUAGCUACAAGUUGCAUUUUUAAGACGUGCAAAAACUACCGUAAUACUCAAAGAAUAGUAACAUUUUCUUGCACCGUUUUCAUAGUGAAAAACUAUCCAAUUUGUACAGUCUCUGAAGGUGAAAGAGAUUCGCGCGCGUCUUCAAAGAGAGUUCAAUUGCUUUGGCAGAAGAGAGGAAAAUCGAUGAGUAUAUAUUUUCGCAUAUGUAAUAUUAAUUUGUAAUCUUCUCUAUAUAAAUACACCUUAUAUUGCUCUAUUAUAAUUAUAUGAAUGUUGUGCGCGAGUGUUUUUAAAAGCUUCACGCGCACGAAGAGAGAAGACAUGUGCCUUACUAGGUGUAAAAGUUAUUAAUCAAAGAACAGAGAGAGAAAGAGAGAAUAUCAUUUUUUGCAUGUAUUAAAACUGACGAAAAGUAAGUGUAUAGUGUUUAAGAUGAUGGAGAAAAACUGUUUUGGCGUAUUGC